AGAGCCCUGAGCGAUAGCUCAGUGUCCGUACUCCUCUGUUGCAGGUUCUACCAGGUGCCAAUCGGCUACGAUUACACCAGUCAAAAGCAUCGUCAUCUUCGUGGGUGUGCGAAUGGCCGGCGGUUCAGUUUCCGAUGACUUCUGUGUUCCCCUACGUGGUUCAUGUUAGAGAGGGGCAACCGCCAUUUGCUAACUUAUAUGUCCUAGCUCUGUGAAGGCGUUAGAAGCUUUGACCCUAUCCAGAACGUAAAGCCAUUAUUCCCAUCUUUCUCACACACUCAACUAUUCAAAUGGCGAAUUCAUCCAUGAAGCUUUUCUUCAAUCGCUUCGACUAUAGUCUAAGCUCGCUAAGGAAACAAGAGUUGUGUCAAGGUUUUUUGUAUAAUAUUCUUAUUCGAUGUCAAUCCCAAUGGUCGAAAGUGGGUAGCGGUAAGAACGAUGAUUCAACAGAGGGGAAAGAUGCAUCUCGGAACACCAGAAAUCCUAAAAUGAACGAGCAGAUUAAUUUUGAUUCAGGGCUCGCCAAGUAUAGUUCCGAUGAGGAUGAUUUGAGCGAUAAUAACAAGUGGAAGUUAGAACUUGAUUGGCUUACCAAAGCACUUGAACCUGCCUUGCAGCUGUACAAAUGGGCUCUGCCGACAGGGAAUGGCAAUGAGCAGAAGUUUCCUCCUGCUACUCGUUCUGUGUCCGAGAUUAUUGCAAGCAUCCAGCGGAGUAAAGCUGGGAUUCAGGACUGGGGCCUGAGUGAUCUUACAAUAGGUUUAUAUCUCGUCUAUCUUCGUCAAGCAUCUGCCAAUCAAGUGGAGGAUGUCCAUGGCAUUCCUAUCUCAUCUGAUGCCAUAGUUCAGGACCUCAUCUAUUACACUGAGUUGGCAAAAGGGUGUUACAAGGACAGCACCACAGGUCUUGCACGUAACAGCAUGCUUCGAGAACGUAACAUUGUGAAAUUUGUGAAAGAUUCCAGUGUUUUGAGGCCUGGUUACUACAUAGGAAUCGACAUCCGUAGCAAACUUGUGAUUUUUGGAAUCCGUGGAACCCAUACUGUCUCUGACCUUAUAACUAAUAUUGCUUCUACAAGUGACCAAGAAUUAACAUUUGAAGGCUACUCAACCCACUUUGGUACAGCUGAAGCUGCUCGUUGGUUUCUUCAUCAUGAGCUCGGAACAUUAAGGACAUGCUUGAAAAAACAUGAGGGUUUUAGAUUGAGGCUGGUGGGGCAUUCUCUUGGGGGUGCUGCAGCUGCAUUACUUGCAAUAAUGCUUCGGAAUAUGUCAUCAGAGGAAUUGGGGUUUAGUCCUGAUAUUGUUUCUGCCAUUGGAAUUGCAACUCCACCUUGCGUCUCUAAAGAACUUGCUGAAAGCUGCUCUAGCUAUGUUUCUACUUUAGUGCUACAAGAUGAUAUAGUUCCUAGGUUAAGUGUGGCUGCCCUAGUAAGGUUGAGGAAUGAAAUUCUUCAAACUGAUUGGAUGAGUAUCUUAGAGAAGGAGGAGGAGUGGAAGCGAGUUGUAGACUUGGUUUCUAAUGCAAAGCAGGUUGUGUCUUCUGUGCAAGAUGUGGCCCGGAAAUUUGCUGAUUAUGCCAAGUUUACAGGCAAGACGAAUGCUUCUGAUGUUUCCAUGAGGAAAAAAUCAAUUGCUGUUGCUGAAGUCCCUCGUUGUUCUUCGAAAACAUUAGUAGACAGUGCUGCUGACAGAGCUUCAAUGCCUGAGGAGUUAUUUGUGCCUGGGUUAGUAUACUAUCUUAAGAGAGAAGUGGAUGCAGAUCAUGGAAGCAUAAGCAGCAAAGGAAGAGAAUCAUACACACUCUGGAAGAGGCACCCAGGUGAACAUUUUCAAAGGAUCGUGCUCUCAAGUAACUUGAUUUCAGAUCACAAGUGUGAGAGCCAUUACUAUGCUCUCAGAGAUGUGCUCAAGAGCUUGCCGGUUUCUAAUCUUGAACAUUCUGAUGGAUUAGAUAUUCUUUGAGUUUCUUAAUUGUAAGUUACCAGUAAAUUAGUUCAUGAGUAUAAUCCAGGUGUAGUCAGUUGCAAUAUUUUGUUC